GAUUAGCUGACAUGAAACAUGCACAUGUCAAGCACGCUCUUUUUUAAAAAAGUCUGAGUUAGCCAGCGCCCGGUCGAGCGUCCAGUCGGUUCAUCGACUACAUACGAAAUUUUAUCAGCAAACAUCUUAUUAAGAUUCCAGCGAAAAAUGAACUUUCUCCCGUUCACAGCUUUUGCAAUAGUUGCAGUCAUUCAAGGAGGUGAGUUUUUACGAUUCUUGUUCCUACACGUCUUGAGAAAUAUGCAUAUUUUUGCCUCCAAAUCCGUCACAGUCCUUUUUGACGCACAUCUCGUACUCUCGAUUUUAGAAUUAAAAGCAUUCAAAAUUCUUGCUUUUUAAUAUUGCAAAAAAAUACUCUCUUUAUACUCCAGAGGAGUGAUUUGUUUAACUUGGUCAAGAAACGUUUAAAGGCUUCUCGAACUCACUAAAUAAUAGUCCGUAAAAUAAGUCGUCGACAUUCCAGACUAACGAAAUAAGCGCUUGGCGCUUGAAAUACAGUGGAACCCCGGUAACUUGAACUCUGAAGGGGAACGAAAUACAGUUCGAGGUAGCGGAUAAUUCGAGAUAUCGGGGUAAAUUUCAGUCAAAUUUUGAUCAAGAGAAAGAAAAUUUAGUUCGAGUUGGCGGGGACGUUCGAUUCAUCGAGGUUUUAAGUUGCACAUCUGUAAAUACACAUAACAGACUGCAAAACAGCCCGUACCGUAUUUUUGCGUAUUCAAGUGCGCGCUUGCAGUCAAACAAAAGGUGGAACGAGGCUGAAAACAGAGGGCAAGACUUGGGAGAGACGACAGCAAUAGGAGGUUCAUCAAAGGGGAUGUAUUAUACCGGCAAAAAGAAACCCACGCUCUUACUUGUAAACUGCAAAUGGUAAUUAUAAGAGAGAUGAUUUUACCUUUUUAGUUUAUUCUUGAAUCUGCUGUGGUGCGAUUGUUUACAGAAUCAUUGCUUUCGCGUAGAGUUCUUCGCCCAAAUUUUUUUACUAGUAUAUAUGUGUUAUUUUCAAAUAUGAUAAUGUUUUUAGUGAGUAAAGUUGUUCGCACAAAUUUAUUUAUACAGUACUGUCUGACUUUUUCGCGAAACUCGCACAAGUGUAUAUACCGAAAUGAAUUUUGUUUUACGAUGCGAAAACUAUGUUCAAGUCGACGUUCCCUGCUAGCAGAGGUCUCUCACGACGACGCAAAAAUGAUAGCAGGGAAAAGUCGACGCUUUAACCGUUGUUGAUAUCACAAUGCUUUAUGUACAACUAGACUGCGAGCAGUCUCUUCUGUUUUUUUUUUUUUGGCAAAGAUACUGCACGCGAAACCUAAGCACACGAGCCGGAGUAACCUGAAACGAUUUAUAAAUAGAACAUUACACUUUCUUUAUAUCUGGUAAGAUUGCCUUGAAUUCGUUUCCCCUGAGGAGAUUUACGGCAGUUUCCUUUUUAAGAUAUCCUUAAAAGUUUUAUUACUGAGAUUACUGCUUUCGCAAUAUUGUUUGCAGUUAGUUGCGAUGCGUGACUAUUUUUAUUGCUUGCAAUCUCACCACAGACCAGUCAAUUACCUGUCAACAGCUGUGCAAUUGACCAAUCGGUUACUCCGUUUGUGGGCUGAUGGAUGGUUUGUUUACCACAAAAGAGUCUUUUCUCGUCUGGUCUCAAUCCCUUAUUGUAAUAAUAACGUCGUCGUUUGCAAUCGCGCUGGAUGAGAUAAGAACUAGAUGGAUUUUAAGAGAAAAGGCGGGCUGCAAGCUGUCUAAGUACAACCGGCGCGUGACUUUAACAGUGAAAUGAGAGCCAAACCACGUAAAGCAUUCUGAAAUCAACAACGGUUAAAGCGUCGACUUGAACAUAGUUUUCGCGUCGUAAAACAACUUCCAUUUCACUUGGCAUCACAGCCGGGCAUCAUAGCAGAUUCAAGAAUAGAACAAAACGGGAAAGAUUGUCUCUCUUAUUUAAUUUCCAUUUGCAGUUUACAAGAAGAGCGUGGGGUUCCCUAUGAUUAUACAGUCGAACAACGUAUUAAGCGGUCACCCUCUAUUAAGCGGUCAGUUUUUAAACUCCCGAAAAAUACUCCCCUUUAUGUACUGUCAUUUCGACCUCUAUUAAGCGGUCACCUCUAUUAAGCGGUCGCUGUCACCAUUUGCUAAGUCCCAACGGGACUUUUUCUAUUCUCUUGACCUGUGUUAAAUGGUCACACGGUGUCAAUUACUUGUUCAUACAGUUUCAAAUAAUGUACUGAACACACGAGGUACAACAAUUGAUUUCCUUGUUUAUUUUCGCAAAUCAUUAAAAAGCCGGAAAAGAUUGUUUCUAUUUGAGGUCAAACGUCUGAUCUGAUCAGCACUGGAGAUCGAACUCUUUGAACUGUGUUUCUUGCAACCUGUAUUAGGCGGCCACCCUGUAUUAACCGGUCACUUCGCCAUUCCCUGAGUGUCGCCGCUUAAUACAGGCUCGACUGUACUUUACAUUGUGCGUAUUUUUAGCUCAGAGCUAGUGGAACCCCAUGUCAAUCCUGUCAAAGUUCGCUUAGCUGUAGCGUUAAAAGAGGAAGCUAAAUGACAGGUAUUUGUGAGAGACAGUGAGCAUUGAAUCUUAUUGCUUUACCGCAGUUUAAUACUGUAAAGGGCAUACACCUGUAAUUCACUGUAAUGAAAUCCCCAAAACCAUUAAACGGUUUCGUUUCAUUUUUUUGGUUGAAGGGGGGGGGGGGGAGCAAACCAAGUGGAGAUUUUAGGGUAAUGAUAUAGACGAUGUACAAAAGGCAAGUUUAAAUUUCGCCAGUGGGUCACUGGUGGGUGUUGGGUGUAAACUAGUACUUGUCAUGAUGUCAACUAACAUUGGAAAAAAUUCAGCUGUUUCAGAGGAAGGGACAUGUCUUGACAGCUUAUCGUUUUUCCGGCCGUUAGCUUGGCCAGUAUGCAGAUCAAGAACUCUUGAAAUCCCUUUUCAAAAAUAAAACUCCGAACUUAAGCUUAAAAUAUAUAUUGAUCCAAGUGCAUGAUCAGCAGUGUCAGCAGUAAGAAUAAAGGAAAACAGGCCAAAAGAAAAUAUAGUGAUUAAAAAAAAACGGAAAAAAAGGACACAGAAACAAGAAAACAGCGUCGCCGGGAGUCGACCCUGGUACAUCUGCACCUGCAAGAAACUUCUUGACCACUACACCACAGUGACGCACAUGAUGUGAAAAAUUAUGUUAUAAUAAUAAAACUAUUUUUCUCUGCUAUAGACGUUGUUUAAAGCUGGUGGAGCUGUAGUUAUAAAUUCAAAUAUACAUUUGACGAAAAUUAACUUAAGUGCGUGCUUUUCCUCGACCUCGCUCGUCCUAAUAUCUGGAAUUCUUUGCUAAUUUGCACGGGGUCUGGCCUCUCGCAAUGAUUUGUAGGAUUUGUAGAGUGGGGGGAAGAAAAUAAAUCAAAAUUUUGCCUUAUCGUAGCUCCGCUUACCGUGGAGAAAAGAAGUAACAUAAGCGUAUUUGCUCUAUGUUUUGUGAUUAGUUCAAGUCUUUUUGAAGCGACCUGGGCUUGUUCUUCGAGGACUAAAAGAGGAACUAAUUCUUUGUGUGUUUGCUUCCGUAGUUUAGAGAUUUUUAAAAGAGCUCAUAACUUGCACACGUUUUUUUUUCUUCUUGUGCUUGUUUUGUUGUUGUUGCUGUUUUGUUUUGUUUUCAUAUGUUUUCGCGCAGUAAAGUGUUCACUGAACGUAACUUAAAUUUAAUAUAGGGUCAAUUUACCAUACACGUUCCGAGAACAUGAAGCCACCCCGCAGCAUAGAUUAUUUUACAGCAAAGGUUCUUUCGUAUCAAUAACACUACCCGGAAAGGUGAAAAUUUGAAUUCAAAAUAAGAUUUUUAAGAUGUUUAGAUUGCUACCAACCCAACGAUUUUCCCGGUAAAACUCCCGCUAAAAACACUCACAGUUGCUUGGAUUUAACACUUAUAAUUUUCCUCUCACAGUCACAACGUACUCGGUUUACAUCCCAAACUCAACUACUCUGGAAUCUUAGAACAAUGAUAUAAAGAAAUCUAUUUGCACGUAUACUGAUAAAAAUCUACUUUUGCUUCAUUGGUUAAUUGUUCCUUAAAACGACUGAUUUGACAGAUACGCUGAAUAAUUAGAUGUUUACUUUCGGCUUAAAUUAACUUUAAAAGGUUUCUUAUCUUUGAAGAAUGACAUCAAAAACUAAUUACGACAUAAUCUGCAAACAAAUGAAUUCGGUUUUGUUUGCCUCGGCGAUCAUUUUCACUUCCUUCGAUCACUCAAAGACUAGUAUUUUCAGUUUGUGCGUACAUCUGUGGGAAACAUUAGGCGUCAUCUAAAUAAAAUCGAAGCUUCAACAUCCCCCCCCCCUCGGGAAUACCCCGGGCAUUUGACACCUUUGCCGUCCCGGGGAGGAGGGAAUUUGAUUAUCAGAGUCUUCCAUGGGGUGGGAAAUUUGAUCCCCAUGCGUUAGGGGUAGGAAAUUUGAACUGCACCCUCAAUUUCAUGUGAAAUCUCUGGCGUGGCGAGCAGUCAUGGGGGACGCGGUGUUAGAGGAUUUUCGUGGAAAAGAUUGUGCCUUUGUGGUCAAUUGGUUACGAGGUUUGUACUGUAUUUGAAGGUGUUUAAAUUUUAAGAUUUUUGAUAUUGGAUUCAGGCUUUGAAUAAAUGCAUGUACUAAGUUGUGUUUAUAACGAAUUACAAUACCUAUACCGGCGAUUCAAGUGAGCGAUGAUGCAUGUCAGUGAAUUUGUCAUGAUGUAGUAAUCUCAAUAGGUGAGAUUUUUUUUUAAGAACGCUUUGUAUGUUGCAUGACACACGAAGAAACUCUGAGCCUUCAGUGACCUUGUAGCAGCGAUUUCCUCCGCUUUGCACGGGCCCGUAGCAAGCCUAAAAUGACUGGGGGGGCUGAGCGAGUGGCCCACAUUAACUCCCCCCCCCCCGCUUCGGUCCCUCUGUUAAAGCAUACUUCUUGGUACAUGUCAGAUCACUACAUUUGUCUACAAUAUCAGAUCAACUAAAGAAAGCCUACGCGAAGGCCUCUGCACUGAGAAGAAUAAGGCGUUUUCUUCCUCAUGAUGCAAUGAUAAAAGCCUCAUCUCGAAUACUGCAGUCCUUUGUUUGUAGGCAUAGGUACGGGUCAACGCUACCACCUCGAAGAUGGCAACUGUUACAUUUUGAGAACAUUAAUCGGGCACAACAAGUCAAUGUCAUACAACGAGCUGCUCACUACGGCUAGCAUGACAUCCUUAUAUUGUAUGCGCUUACACCAGGCGUUAAUACUUCUUUUUAAAUGCUUAAAUGGUACGGGACCUACUUAUAUUGGUAGCCUUUUUAAAUACAGGCGUACACCGUAUAGGCUAAGAGGCGAGGGCUUGAAUUUAUCUUAAAUUUAAGAAGAAUUCUUUCACUUAUUCAUUAACUAAGUUAUGGAACAGUUUGCCGUCUUUCAAGUGAUGCUAAUGACUUCAGAAGUAAAUUAUACGAUUGCAGCUUUUUAGAACGUGUCUUAUAGUGCACGAUUGUAGCUUUUAACUUUUUUUAGAACGAGUAUUAUAGUUUUUCUAGUCACGUUUUUAGUAUGUGGCUUUUUGGUCGGUUUUAGCUUUUUACAUUUUGUUUUUAUAACCAGGUUUUUUAUAUGUAUAUAGUUAUUGAGUUGUUUUUUAAAUUGAAUAAUAUAUAGCUGUAAUUAUUAUAGAUUUUAUUUAUAUGCACGUUCGUAUUUUGAACGAGUUUUUUAGCUCUUUGACGUAACGGGUUAAAGCUGUCCAUUUUAGUAGAAAACUUCCACUUUUGUAGCAGAAUUAAAUUCAAGUCUGAAAAUUUCUGAGGGGGCUCGAGCCCCCCCUGCCCCUCCCCCUGCUACGGGCCUGUAAUGCACGAGACUUUUGUUCUUAUUAAAUACGCUAACAGUGUUUCUCAGUUUUUGUUAUAUUGAAUGCGGGUUAGGCCCGUUUCCAACGUCGUGCUACUGCCGUGCCGAACUAAAUUGAUCGAAUUAAAUUCGACUUUAGCACGGCAGAAGCGCGACGUUUGAAACCAAGUCGUGCUACUGCCGUGUAGCACGGCAAGCCUUGCCGUGCUUUUGCCGUGCCGGACUCAAUUCAUAAGUUAUAAAUACAUUAGAAUAUAUUUAAAAGUUUGCUAAACCGUUUCUUUAUUUUUGUGUUUUGUUUUUGGCAACAGCCUAACCUGAGAUCAGGCCUGAAUUUUAGCGGUUCUCAUACAUUCUCUCUAACGGCUACAGCGAAACGAAAAUAGAGCCUGCUCUCAGGUUAGCAACAGCCGUUCUAUUCGAUUCAAUUAAAUUCGACGUCUGAAACCAAGUCGUGCUAGUGUCUUGCUGCAGUCGAGCUACAGUCGAGCCAGCUUAGCACGGCAGUAGCACGACGUUUGAACAGGCCUUAUUUGCUGUAUUUAUAAAGAUUUUGUUCGACAACUGAAGACGUUUCUGCCGUCCUUCUGUCAUUCACUAGUAUGUACCUGUGAAAUGUCCCCGGGGUGGGGGCAUUUGAUCACCUGAGUGGACCCUACUGUGGGGCAUUUGAACGGCAUUUUGGCCCGGGUAGGGGGAAAUUUGAACAAUAAUUUUCAAAAAAGUCAAAUGCCCGGGAUGUUGCCCGGGAGGGAUUUUGAAGCUUCAAUUUGACCGAUACAUUAGACUUCGAGUUGAAGUUCGAGUUAGACUUCGAGUUGGACUUUGAGGGCGCGAUCCAUUCAACCAACAUUCAGACCGGUCCGACCGGGAAAAGAGGACCACCUCAAAAGGUGGAUCUGUUUUUUCGAAACUUUUCCGGUUGGACAAAACCGAUCCAUUGAGUUUUGGACCGAAAUUUCCGGAAACUUUGGUUGAAUGGAUCGCGCGCUGAGCUUCUAGUUAUUCUUAGCGAUCGAGGGAUCCGUGAACCCCCGGUGAAUUUCGACUUAAAAGUAUAUGUACACUAUUGGAUGUCAUCCAAUAGCAGUAUAAUACGUACGUUGUCUUUACACUAGGCUGUCAAGUAACCAAAAAAUACGUGUGUAGGCCUAACUAAAAUCUCAAGUAACUUAACUUUGCGUCUCAUUAACGUCGGAAAGUUGAAACGAUUUAAGAAAGUUUCAGGUGACUUGAAAACCAGCCUUAAAACCGAAUUAGCGAACUUGCGGUUUAAAGCUUUGAGAAAGGCGAAGCAUGUCAUGUUGCGUGGGAAAAAAGGCUUAAGUAGACCUAAAGUAAAAAAGAUAGGUUGUGUGUGAAGCUUUAUUUUACUUGACGAAUUUAAAAAUAUGGUAUUUUUGUCAUUUUGAGAAAGGCGCGAACCACAUCAUAAAAAUUAUGUAUUGAAAAAGAAACAAUGGGCGCGAUCCAUUCAACCAAAAUUUCCGAAAAUUUCGGUCCAAAACUCAAUGGAUCGGUUCGGUCCAACCGGAAAAGUUUCGAAAAAACGGGUCCACCUUUUGAGGUGGACCACUUUUCCCGGUCGGACCAGUUGGAAUUUUGGUUGAAUGGAUCGCGCCCAAUGACAAUUAUAAAAUACAAACAAUGAUGAAUAUCGAUUAAUUCAUUUUUUAACUCUCAACACCUCGUCGACAAAAACCUACACUCCCAGUUUUGUCGUUCGUGACUUAACGUUGACAGACAGGAGCGUAGAGUGCGUGGUGAACUAUCCUGCGAUCAGGCUUUUUUUUUUUCGGGAAAGCCAGCAACGAGCAAAAAAAAGGGGAGAAGGACCGCAUAAUCGCAAGUUUGCAGCGAGAUGACCACCGCGUUUUGCGCCUGGCUGUCGUGCACUUCGUGUACGGCAUAAUAAAGAAUUUCCUCGCGCAUUCUUAUUCAUAUUUUAAAGAGUUUCUUUCUCAUAGAUGCAGAAAAACUGGUUUCGAAGCUGUAAUUUCACGCUUUGAUAGCUUUUUUUUUCCUUUUUAGCCCUCGCCUUGAAAUGCCACCAGUGUAUGCCAGACUACAGCAGCAUCAUGAAUAUCGCGCAGCAAGGUUCAAACAGCUCAGGCAUGAGCUUUUGUGCCAAUCCCAGUGAAACUAUCGAUUGCAGUCAAGAUCCAUUUAUAGGAAGCGUGGCUGAUUCCUGUUAUACAGCCCGUGUAAACAUAAACACGUCACUUCCCAUCGGCAACAUGGAAGUCUAUGUCCUCAACUGUUCCGUGAUGUCAUUCUGUGGCAUGCUUAAGAAUCAAACCUGCCAAACCUUACAGUCAAUAUUUAAAGGUAUUUCUAUGUUCGACAUUGAAAGUUGUGAUGUCGAAUGCUGCCAGGGGGACCUUUGCAAUAAUCCAUCCUCAUCGUCUCCAACACCAUCAACUGAAUCACCAUCAUCAUCACCAUCAUCAACACCAUCAUCCACUGAUUCUCCUGUCAGCACUGGUACCACUGUGAAGUCGUCGGUGAAGAGCAAUGUUCCAUCAGCAACCACUCUGUUUGGAAAUCUGGUUUUGAUGGCUUUGACUGUUGUGAACUUUUAGAGAAGUGGACACUUUCUCAUUAGAGUGAGAGACAGCACUCUCUUUUGUUAUGUUUAGUUUUUAUUACCAGUUUUUACAUUUUUACAAUUUAGAAAGAGACUCAAACAAAAAUCUGAUUCUGUAAGUUACCAAGUAGUCUGCCUCUUUAGCUCUAGCCUUUGCUAGUUGAUAAGAGGCGAAACCGUUGCCCCAACAAUAGAGACCUUAAGCAACAGGGCGGGAAGAGACGAGGAGUCUGGGGCGAGACCGCCAUCGCGCUCUACUCGCUACUACAACUACAUCGCGACGGCAACUUCCCGCAAAAAUAUGAAAAUGAGAAAAUGGCGUCUUUUGCAAAAGCAGAUAAAACAGAACUAAACAAGCAAAGUGAAAGGGAAAAAAAGUAAAAUAAAGGCAUGAAAAAACAGGUUUACGAGUAGAGAAAUUCUAAAGCAGUUGCGACGAGAAGGAGACGAUACUCGUUACAUUUGGAAUUAAUCUUAAAGAAAAGAGCAAUCCGUUUAAAAACUCAUGCAUGGCCUUUGGAAGCAUAAAUAUACUUUGUAGAUCAAAGAGAAUUUGCUUGAAAGCCACCCAUCACUCUGCAAGUUUCUUGUCAUUGUUCUCUUUAGUGAACUAAACACCCUUGACAUGACUUCUGACGGUAGAGGACAAAUAAUUACUUAAGCUUAAUAAUUUUCCUGUGUUUGUUUAUCCAUAUGUUUUUCGGGAAAAUUAAAACAAACGACUUUACACAAAGAAUUAUUCCUAUCACAGAUUUUGCUUUACGUCAUCUGCUGUAAAGAAUAUUGCAUUUGCUCCGAAAAGAAAAGAGCAAUCAGCAUAGAAUAAGCAUUAGGGAUCUUAGCUUAACGAGACGGUUUAUUUAAGCUCGAGGCUUUCUCUGCUUCAGGGACGACGUUUAUCUCAAAAUGUCUUCUAAAUACUUUAACACUGAACACCAGAACGAUGAUUCUUUAUGAUUCUUUCGAAAAAUCUGGUAAGUCGAAGUACAAAAAGAAAAAGUUUGGCAUGAGAAGCGACGUUGCCUGCACAACGUGAAAACAGUGAAAAUGGCGUUCUUGUUGUGAAGACGACGGGAGAUUGCAGACAACUUUUUUCGUUCUGCGCAUGACUGAACCAGGAAAUGGACUUCCGGUACGCCGUCCUCGUGUCUCCUGUCCUGGUGCUUAAGUUCUCUCAUUAAAACGUGGCUCGAUAUAGUUUUUCAAGGUCAAUACCUCCCAAGUUUGAGCAUACACUACGUCGCCAUAAGCGCAGAUUU